AGUUAUGUUUUUGGUGGGUUCAGCUAUAAUUUGUUUUUGCGUGGAGACCGCCCAUUUUCACUUUCGAUAUUCACUGUUCAGCUCCGACUAUGACCAUCUGGAAAUGUCUCCUCUGGGCGGUCCUGGGGGCAGCGGCCGCGCUCUGUGUUGCGAAAGAUUGCAGUAAUCAUAAAUUCAUAGUUGGUGUUGAAGGAGAAGACAUUGUUUUGUCACCAUCAGUUAAAGGCAAUCUAACAAGAAUUUAUUGGAAGAAAGGAGAAAAUAUAGUGGCUAAAUCCAGAUUCAGUUUUCCUCCUGGAAAGGAAAAUCAAAGACUGAGUCUUGAUUCUUCCUCUGGCAAUUUGUUUCUCAAAAAUCUUUCAAAAGAGGAUACUGGAAAUUACACAGCAGAAGCUUUCAUUAAUGAGGAAAUCAAAGAAACAUGUUUUGAUCUGAAAAUACUAGUACCGCCUGAUAUAAACUGCACUGUUAACAAUGAUGCCAUUCAAUUAAGCUGUACAUCAGCAAGUCAGGAUCUACCUUUGACCUACUCUUGGGACUACAUCAGAAAUGAAGAAAUUAUCUAUGUAAAGGAUUCAGUUAUCCAGCUUCAGAGGAACUCAAACCAUUUUCAGAAAAUUAUAUGCUAUGUUACAGCUUCCAAUACAAACGCCAGCACCUCCAUCAAUCUGAGUGACUGUAUUACAGAAGAACCUGGUCAUCAGUCAAGAAGUAGAAUACAUUUAAUCGCAAUACUAAUAAUUCCAGUUCUAAUAUUUUCCUGGUGGCUAAAUUCUUCUUCGGCUUCAGCUGCCUCAGGUUUCUUCCUGUUUCUUCCCUUUGACUACGGUUUGUCUGGCUCUGGCUUCCUUUGCUACAUGUCCCAUCUGGUCAUCUCUCCUUGCAGCAACAUCUUCAGUCAAACCUAAAAGAAAUUACCUGCUAGAAAUAUCUGGAAAAAAGGAAAGAAAGAAAGAAUCUUAAUGAAUCAUAAUCUGGAGUAAAGAAUCUAAGAGGAAAUUAUAAGGAAGAAGCUUCUAAUCUUGAAUCUUGAAAGGAGUCAGGUUUGAUUUUCCAAGGAUGGAAAGUGACAACAUGAAAAUACCUCUGCAGACUCUCUUCAGUCCAGUUCAUGCAUUAACUCCUUUUAUCAAUUUUGCUGAAUUGUAAUUUGUUUUAUUUUGCUUUUCAACUAUUUUUAUUUUUUAUUCAUCUCAAGUUCUAAUCUACUGUGGAAUUUUAAAUAGUUGUGGACUGCUUUAUUUAUUACACAAGCUCUUCUGUGUACCACUAUGAAAGCAAUCAAGAGACAGCAAGAAAAUGGAGCGAUACAGAAUAAACUCAGAAUUGGUGACUCCUUCAAAACCAUCAAAGCAGCCUAAAAUUGCUGAAUAUUUAGCAACAAAGAGCAAAAACAAAACUGUCUACCCUUCUUCCGAGGAGUUGGCAUGUCAAGACUGACUCUCGUCUUCACCUGCAUUUUGCCUUUGCUAUCAGCUUGACAAUAACAGGGAGAGGGUGGAUGGAAUGCAGGGAUGGGAGAAUAGUAUUCAAACAUCCAUCGGCUUCUGUGAGACAUUGCUGCCAUCUCAAGGACACACCCAGCAGAUGUCCCAGCGUGGCUGGCUGAUUCCCAUAACAAAAUGAACAGAAGAGAUUGGUGGACAUUUUGGACUCUGGGUGGCCCAGAGGGAAAAGGGGGAAUUAACUACACUUGCUUUUGCAUGGGAAACCUAGAGCUGGUUUUGCUUCUUCUGUGUCAAUGUGG